UUUUAUUUUGAAACACCCGGAUGGUUCAGCUACGGCGGAAACAAAGCCACCGAACAUCCGUGGAAACACGUCGAACGGUUUGAGUAAAUUUUCGAUGAUCGGAUUAUUAACAAUCAUCCAACACUGUUCGUGUGUGUGUGUGUGUGUGUUUCUGCUAAAAUUACGUCACUCUUCAUCACAUCGGUGUUAGCUCCUGUUGCUGUUAGCCUAGCCAAGCUCAGUCGCGUUAGCAGGGUUUUGCCCGGUCCCGCGUGUUCGGUACCAGAACCGUGUGAACCAUGGGAGCCCACCGCAGUGAGGGGGGCAGGGACUGGUUGCAGCAGGACGGACAGGAGCAGGAGCGAGGACCCGGAGCGAACCCGUGGAACAUGAUGAUCAAACACAGACAGAUCCACAGACGCGGACGUCGCUCUCACAUGACCGUCAGUUACACAGAUCCUCAGAUGUCCAUGGACUUGUUGAGGGCGGUGCUUCAGCCCAGCUUUAAUGAUGACAUCAUGGCUGUGUUCAGGAAGUACCAGAAAUUCUUUGAAAAAGCAGCACAGAAUGUGAAAGAAAAUGUGGGUGAUGACGUUCAGACCGAUCAGCUGAUCAAAGACACCUGCCGGAACGUUCUGGAACAUGCUAAACAGCUGUUUCCAGAGGGCGAUGUAAAGAAGUCGGGGCCAGAGAUGACCAUCAAGAGGUCCAGACCUAUUGAUGAAGACUACAUUCAGAGAGGAAGUCCGCUCCUCAAGAAGAGAAAGACUCGUCCUGCUGCGUCGCUUGCUUCCUCUGAUCGACCUCUGACCUUUUCUCAAGCAAAGCCGAAGCCUGAGCCAGUGAAGAGGGAAGGGCCAAAGUGGGAUCCCUCCAGACUCAGUGACAGCAGUACAUUUGUUCUCGGCUCCAGAGCAAACAAGGCUCUGGGAAUGGGCGGGACCAGAGGACGGAUUUACAUCAAACACGCUGACCUCUUCAAGUACGCUGCAGAUGCAAAGGACAAACAGUGGUUAGCAGAGCGUCACCACAUGAGGGCAACAGGAGGAAAAAUGGCAUACCUGCUGAUUGAAGACGACAUCCAGGAUCUGUCUCACAGUGAUGAGUAUAAAGACUGUCCAGAUGUCAAGAUGGAUGAGAUGAAGCCAUUCACUGUUCCUUCUUGGAUGGUGGAGAAGAUGAAGAGAGCUAUGGAGGCACAGAGAGAUGCUGACCUGUGACCCCGCCCCUAAUGUCCCCAUCAUGUCUUCUGAUUGGUUCCUCAUGUUUGUUUUUCACCAUUUAAAAAAAUAUAUAUAUUAAAAAUUGUCUGACACAAAGAUGCUUGUUUGACAUCUGUUCAACCGGGUCAGAC